AUGUCAAGUAUCAAGAGAAUUAAGUUAGAUACCACUAGUGAAAUGGUUAAGAUUUGUACACAUUCUGGUUCAUUCCAUGCAGAUGAAUCUCUUGCUGUCUAUUUAUUAAAAUUAUUACCAAAAUUUAAAGACGCGGAGUUAAUUAGGUCUAGAAACGCUGUUGACUGGGAACAAAGUGACAUUGUUGUAGAUGUUAGUGGUAAGUACGAUGGAGUUAAAUACUUUGACCACCAUCAACGUGAAUUUGACACCACUUUUUCAAGUGCCUAUAAGACCAAAUUAUCAUCUGCAGGGUUAAUUUAUAAACAUUUCGGUAAAGAAAUUAUACAAGAAGUAUUAAAGAUUGAGGAUGAAGCCAAGGUGGAAUUAUUGUAUCAAAAAGUUUAUAAAGAAUUUGUCGAAUCUUUAGAUGCCAAUGAUAAUGGUAUAAGUAACUAUUCCAGAGAAAUUGAACAAAAUAAAAAGUUCACGGAUAAGCACAUCACUUUACCAGCUUUGGUUUCCAAUUUAAAUCCAUCUUGGAUCGAAAAUCCAACUGAUAAAGAUUUUGAUAGACAAUUUUUAUUAAGUAGUGAGUUAAUGGGAGUUUCAUUUUUGAACUUAUUAAAAGGUUAUGGUAAUUCAUGGCUUCCAGCCAAGACCAUUGUCGAAGAAGCCUUUAACAAUAGAUUUAAUGUUGAUAAAUCAGGAGAAAUAAUCAUCUUAAAUCAAUUCUGUCCAUGGAAGGAACAUUUAUAUAGUAUCGAAAAGGAUAAUGAUGCCGAAGGAGCUAUUAAGUUUGUAUUGUUUAAGGAUUCAAGCAAUGCUUGGAGAAUUUCAACUGUCUCACUUACAUCUAGUUCAUUUGAAUUCAGAUUAGGAUUAGUCAGUGAAUGGAGAGGUUUGAGAGAUGAACAAUUGAGCGAAAAGAGUGGAGUAGAGGGAUGUAUAUUUGUUCAUGCCGCGGGCUUCAUUGGUGGUGCUAAAUCUCAAGAAGCUGUCUUGAAAUUAGCCCAAUUAUCCUUGGAAAAAGCUUGA